CCGCAAGUUGAUCCCAGCAGCUGUCAAAACUAGUCCAACUGCAUCGCGGUCGGAUUUGGGGGAUUUGCGACUUUUGCAUUUAUAAUUAUUCUUUCAUUUCAACUCUUCUCGUAAAUACAGUUGAGACAUGUCAGAAGGUUCCGAAGAGGUAAUCCCGCCCGGAUGGGAGAAACGUUUGAGCCGCUCGACAGGCAUGCAUUACUUCUUGAAUAUAUAUACGAAACAGUCACAAUGGGAUUUGCCAACUUCUCCGGCGGAGCCAACACACGGAAGUGGUCCUACGCAAGUCCAGUGCUCGCACCUGCUAGUGAAACACAAUAAGAGUCGUCGGCCCAGCUCAUGGCGUGAGGAAAAUAUCACAAGAUCGAAAGAUGAGGCACGGGAAAUAUUGAAUGAAUAUCGGAAAAAAAUUGAAUCCGGAGAGGCAACGCUUCAAGAAUUAGCACAAAAAUACUCAGAUUGUAGCUCGGCGAAGCGAGGCGGUGACUUGGGAAUGUUUGAAAGAGGUACCAUGCAAAAACCAUUCGAGGAAGCGGCAUUCAACUUGAAAGUUGGUCAGCUUUCAAAAAUUGUCGACACCGAUUCCGGUUUGCAUUUAAUACUUAGAACUCAGUAAAACUCUAAUAAGCAUAUUAUCGAAGCCAAAAAAUGUAGCGUCGCGUCUUGUUGAAUUAUGAUUACAUAAAAAAAACUGUACACUAUAUAAUGCACUUUCAAAUAAUUAUAUGUACGUAAAAAAUUGGAUUUGACUGUGGAGAAGUAAAUGAAAUAGUGACGCCAAUAACUGCACGUAAAGUUUACCUUUUUUCUCCAAUUUGUGGGUUUUUAUUAUAACGAAAUAUUAAAAUUACAACAUACUGUAACUUGAAAACAAACUACUUUUUUAAGCCUAAUUUAUCGAUUAAAAGUUUUGCUCCUGUA